GUUCAAUUUUUAUUGGUACAUAAGACUGCUACAUGAAUCAUGAUUUUGAACUCUUAUCAAAAUUCUAGUUCUUCUUCUAUGUAUUAGAACUUGUGAGGGGCUGGUGUGGAAGAAGAGAAGAGGAGGAACGUCGGAGAAGGAGAUGGUGAUGGAAACGGAGAUGAAGACCCACCACCACUUACCGGAUUCAUUAGAUGAUACAACGGCGGAGAAUAUAAAGACGACGGUGGUGAUCGUGAAGACGAGAACAACGAUGAAGAAGAGAAGCGAAACAAAACGGAAGAAGAAGUACAAUUUGGUGUCGUUUUGGGAAUCGCCAGAUUACCUGAGAGAUAAUGAGUAUAUAUUGAAUUAUUAUAGAGUGGAUUGGCCUCUCAAAGAGUCCUUCUUUAGCAUCUUCAGUUGGCACAACGAGACCCUCAACGUUUGGACGCAUCUGUUAGGGUUUCUUCUCUUCUUGGUGUUGACGAUUGUAAAUUCAAGGCCGCUGCCACAAUUAGCUGAUUUCCUUUGCAAACUCAACAGGUCUUAUCCGAUAAACACUGCGGCGAUAAGCAAUUCCAGUGAUUCCAAAAAUUUCUUGCCCGGAGUAACAACACUCAGUGACUUUGAAAACUUGACAGUGGCAAGAUGGCCUUUCUUCGUCUUCUUAGGUGGUUCCAUGUUCUGUCUCCUCUCUAGCAGUAUUUGCCAUCUCUUCCUUUGUCACUCUCAACGCUUGAAUCUCCUGUUACUACGACUUGAUUACAUAGGCAUCACGGUCAUGAUCAUCACCUCCUUCUUCCCUCCAAUUUACUACACCUUCCAAUGUGAUUCACAAUGGCUAUUCUUCUACCUCACAGGGAUCACAGUCUUAGGUAUUCUCACUGUUGUGACAUUGCUCUCACCGGUGUUAAUUACCGGUCCGUUUAGGCCGUUGCGAGCUUUGCUCUUCUCCUCCAUGGUUCUAUUUGGGAUUUUCCCAGCUGCCCAUGCUUUGGUUCUCCACUGGAAUGAACCUCGCCACUUCAUAGCACUAGUUUAUGAAGCAGCCAUGGCAUUGUUUUAUGGGAUAGGUACAUUGUUUUAUGUUACCCGGAUUCCUGAGAGGUGGAAACCGGGCAUGUUUGACAUUGUUGGCCAAAGUCAUCAGAUGUUUCAUGUUUUUGUGAUUAUGGGUGCCUUAGCCCAUUAUGGUGCAGCGCUUCUAUUUAUCCAAUGGCGUAAUAUUUUAGGGUGUGAUUAAAAUGUAUGGAUUCUUGUACUUGUUCAUAUAUAGAUUGAUUUAUUUUUCAACAUCAUUUUAUUAUUGUAACAAUGAUUUCUCUCAAAAGUGAGAGGACUUCUUGUAUCAUAUAUUAAUGAUUAUUAGUGAACUUUAGUGUGAGA